AGCUUAUGCUUUUACCUAGCGUGUCAUGUCAGCGCCCAGCUAAAUUGGCACUUUACAAAAUUCCGCCGCACAGUGCACUUGCUCUCUUUCGAGGAUCAAUGAAAUAAAAUAAUUUUCUAAGGCAUAACACAAAAUGCUCCCCGAAAGCGACGCACUCAACAUAUUCUCUCUCCAAACACUAGGAUGCAUACAUAGCCCGUCUUACCCUCCUCCUCGACUGCAUUGCAUUGGUUGUGUCCCGACUUCCAUCAGUUUUGCCCUACAUCAGUGGCAUGCCCUUGAGCAAUUAGGAAGAUCCAAGAGCUUGCGUGAAGUGAAUGAGGAGUGAGGAUUGAGUAGUGAGUAUGGGCACAAGGGGCAAAGCAGAUCAGCAGUUUCCGGCAGGUAUGCGAGUGCUGGUAGUGGACGAUGACCCUACGUGCCUCAAGAUUCUUGAUAAAAUGCUCACCAGGUGUCUUUACCAAGUUACAACAUGCGGUCGUGCUGCAGAUGCAUUGUCAAUGCUCCGAGAGAGGAAGGGCAGCUUUGAUCUGGUAAUAAGUGAUGUAUACAUGCCAGAUAUGGAUGGCUUCAAGCUUCUUGAGCAUGUUGGACUGGAGAUGGAUUUGCCAGUCAUUAUGAUGUCUGCAGAUGGAGGAACAAGUACAGUUAUGAAAGGAAUCAAGCAUGGGGCUUGUGAUUACUUGAUAAAACCAGUAAGAUUAGAGGAGCUUAAGAACAUAUGGCAACAUGUGAUAAGAAAGAAGAGGAAGGGCUCAAAAGAUUUUGAUCAAAUAGGUAAUGUAGAAGACAAUGAUAGACAUAAAAAAGCAUCUGAUGAUGCUGACUAUGCUUCCUCAGCAAAUGAAGGAACAGAUGGUAAUUGGAAACUUCUGAAGAAACGGAAGGAAGCUAAAGAGGAGGAAGAUGAUGGAGAGCAAGAUAAUGAAGAUCCCUCUGCUUCAAAGAAACCUCGUGUAGUCUGGUCAGUAGAGCUUCAUCAACAAUUUGUUAGUGCUGUGAAUCAACUGGGAAUUGAUAAGGCUGUUCCCAAGAGAAUACUUGAGUUGAUGAGUGUUCAAGGGCUUACAAGGGAGAAUGUUGCAAGCCAUUUGCAGAAAUAUAGACUAUAUUUGAAAAGAUUAAGUGGAGUAGCACAACAGCAAAGUGGAAUAAACUCUUCAUUUGGGGGUACUACAGAAGCUAAUGUUGGUCCAAUGAGUAUAUUUGGAAGGCUUGAUCUCCAAAGACUUGCAGCUUCAGGUCAAAUAUCACCUCAAGCACUGGUGACAUUACCUGCUGAACUUUUAGGACGUGGAAAUGUGACUGAUGGGUUAGGCAUGUCAAAUGUUGAUCAAGCACUACUCUGGCAAGCAGCACUCCAUGGUGCAAAUUCAAAUCCUGUGAAUAGAGUAAGAUUUGGUCAGCCAUUGAUUAACAGUCAGGGAAACCCACUUCAGGGACUGCCUAGUGGUUUAGAACUGAAGCAAUAUGCUCAUCUGCAGCAGCAUAUUCCUUCCUUUGGAAACAUGGGCUCAUCCAUUAAUGAUACAACCUCAGGAUUUUCCAUGAUGCAACAGCAACUGAGUACAACUGUGGGAUUUGGUUCUGUAGACCAAGUGAAUGGGGUAAACAAUUUGGCAUUGAGUUCUCCAAACAACGCCAUGGUGAUGCAGUUGAUACAGCAGCAGCAGCAACAUGUACAUCAAAAACAACAGUUACAAACACCACUGACACAAAAGCAGUCUGGUGGACAACUUCAAGGUGCUCAGCUUCAGAGCGGACAAAGUCUGGAUAUGCCAUUGCCCAAUCUUGUUGGGUCCCAAGUUCCUCCAAAUGACAAUAGGGGGAUGUCUAAUAGUAUAUCCUCUCUGGGCAACAGCGGUAGCAGCCUUGGCAAUAGCAUUGCUUGCACAUUGGGUUCAGGGCAAUCAAAGCAUAUACCAACCAUGGAAUAUGGCUUGGAUGUGUCUGACUCUAAUGCAUCAGAAGGAGUUGGAAGAAUGCACACUGUAGAGUACACAAGAAAGAAUGUUCCCAUGCUUCAACGAAAUGAUUAUCAAAAUCCCAGUACUACUUCUAUAUCUGCUUCUUUGACAUCUAUUACUAAUGAAAGCGGAUUGAACAUUUCAGGAAACAAAAGACUGGGUGACAUAAAUGCAAUAGUUAAUUCUUCGUCAUUAACUGGUUCUGCAAUUAAUUUUGGUUCAUCAAAUGAACUUGGACAGAGCUCUGGUCAAAGUGGGAAGCAAGGUUGGCAAAUGCAAAAUGUAUCUGUUAAUCCAGAUUUGAGACAAACGGCUACUGCUCUAUUGAGUCCACAUCAGGGCAAGGCUCCUCAUGGAAGCCAGAGUUUGAUUGUUUCUGGUGUGCAUGAUUCAGGACAGGUUAGAAGUUUUGGAUUUGUGGGGAAAAGUCAGAGUCUUCCAAGCAGAUUGGCCUCAAAUGUUGGAUAUCCUAGGAUGCUCAAUCACACUAAAAGUCAGAGUGAGCUGUUAGGAACUGAUAGUGGUUUGCGAGUGAAGACUGAAGGUGCCUCAGAAUUUUCUCUGAAUUCAAAAAAUUCAAGCAGCAUGAAUUCGGAGCAGUUCUCUUCAGAUGAUUACAUGAGCAUCUUCUUGAGACAGCAACAGGAAGGGUUGGGUCUGGCAGAUGGUGAUUUCAGUUUGGAUGGUUAUCAAUUGGAUAAUAUCCCAUGCUAAAUGAAAAUAUUUGUACUAUAAUUUCGGUGGAAAGAUGGUCUUCUCAUCAUUAAUCUUUUAUAUGUGCACUAUGAAGAAGUGCUUUUUUGGACGUGGGUGGACCAGCUGGAAAGCUUCUUUCCAGAUGUAGAUGUAUACUUGUAUCAUAACGCCUUGCUUCUUGACUGGGUGGGUCAAAGCUUCCUGACAUGCAUUCUCAUCACUUUUUAAGAUAAGUCCAUAAGUUAGCCUUAUUAUUAUGACAUUUGGAUUAGAUAGAUUGAAUAAAGGAACUAAUCAUUGCCAAAACUAUAAUGUAUGUAUUCCAUCUAAUUAACUGCUUUUAGCAGUAAUUAUGCCUGGCCCGCUUCGAAGAAAAUUCUUGUUUCAUUUUAUUUUAACUUUAAUUAGUAGCUGGAGGAACUGACAGAUUGAUUUUAGACUUCUGCGCCUGUGAUGGACUUAAAGUUACCGUAACAGGAAAGUUGUCUGGCUGAGAAGACGGACAUCCUCUACAUAAGGAAGUAGAAUUAUUUAGCAGGAACUAUCCGGCUUCCAAGGAAUAACAGGUAUUAGGGACAUCCCAGGGAUUUGUUAUUUUCAAUGUAGGUGAAACAUCCAGCAAAUAAUUUUUUUAGCAUUUUACAUCUUGUCUGUAAAUUAUAGGUAUUGGCUGUCCAAAAAGAGGCACUUGUGAUAUCUAAUCACCAAGACAUAUUAUUCUCCUAUCUCUAGAUUUAUUUUUGUGCAUAUACGCAUUAGUGUGUUUCUGCAAGCAGGUUUGCACAGUAAAAUAGCACAGCAAGAGCAAUGACUGCUGGUUGUUAUAUCAGCUUAACCACCAGCGGAAUUUAAAUGAAAACAUCCCUGUGCUUUAUAUGUUGGAUUCUAUGUGAUUCCAUUCAUGCUUCGUGA